AUGGCUUAUCACAACCAACAUCUUUCACAAGAGAUGCCAAUCCACCAUUUCACAGACCAAUCUAACAACAACACUUUUCGUUCCAUUUUACCAGACUCCCCCGACCCUAACUCCAAACAUGAUUCCGACCCAAACCAACUCCAAACCACACCUAAUUGGCUCAACAACGCCAUCCUUCGUACCCACUACACCGACAACAAUAACAACCACAACAACAACAACGACGUUAACAACGACAACACCACCAACGAUAACGGUAACGGAGCUUCUAAUUUCCUUAACCUCCAAACCGCUUCCGACUCCGGCCAAUGGCUUUCCCGCUCGAUUCUCCACCGGCACCACGGUGAAGUCAUCGACGAUGUUACUGCUGUCGGCGACGUACACGAUUUAGAUGAUCUGAAAGGCGAUGUUGGAGGUGGUAAAGGAGACUGGCAGACGGGGAGAUGGAAGGCGGAGAUUAUGUCGCACCCGUUGUAUGAACAGUUGUUGUCGGCACAUGUUGCGUGUUUGAGGAUUGCGACGCCGGUGGACCAGUUGCCGAGGAUUGAUGCUCAGCUGGCACAGUCUCAGAAUGUGGUCGAGAAAUACUCCGCGUUCGGACAGAACAUCGUCGGCGUAGAAGACAAAGAACUCGACCACUUCAUGUCGCACUAUGUUUUAUUGCUGUGUUCCUUCAAAGAACAAUUGCAACAACAUGUCCGUGUCCAUGCCAUGGAAGCAGUAAUGGCUUGUUGGGAGAUAGAACAAUCCUUACAAAGUCUAACAGGAGUUUCACCUGGAGAAGGUACUGGAGCAACAAUGUCUGACGACGAAGAUGAACAAGUAGAUAGUGAAGCAAAUAUGUUUGAUGGUAGUUUUGAUGGUGGCGGAGAUAACAUGGGAUUUGGCCCUCUUAUACCAACAGAGAACGAAAGGUCUCUAAUGGAGCGCGUAAGGCAAGAGCUAAAGCAUGAACUGAAACAUGGUUACAAGGAGAAAAUUGUCGACAUAAGAGAGGAAAUUUUACGCAAGAGACGAGCCGGGAAACUUCCCGGUGACACAACCUCCGUCCUUAAGGCUUGGUGGCAAUCACAUUCUAAAUGGCCUUAUCCUACGGAGGAAGAUAAGGCAAGGUUGGUGCAAGAAACUGGACUACAAUUAAAGCAGAUUAAUAACUGGUUUAUCAAUCAAAGGAAGAGAAAUUGGCACAGCAAUCCUUCAACUUCUACUGUCUUGAAGAGCAAGCGCAAAAGGUCUCAAAACUAG